CAUUAUCAAUAGUGACACAGAUGCGAACACUACACGGAAAGCAAAUAAAGCUAGCAAAUCGUGAUUUUGAGAAUCAAUAUUACGUGAAUCGUUCGAAGUUAUUGUUCUAGAAGAAUGUCUUACAAGUGGCAUCAUAACUUUCCGAAAAUUGCCCGCGAAGCAGGUUUUAUGAUACGUGAGCUUUCGAUCGGACAUUGCAUCGACUGGCGAUUUGUAGCUUCUAUCGACCCCUAUAACAUUGUCAGUGAACAGGAUUACGAAAAACUGGAUGAGUUUAUUCCUCACAUAUCGGAAGUACCUAUAGGGACUGUGCUAAACAAUCGUAUCUUGGACCCAGCGAUUGGAAAAUACUUUAUACUUGCUCAGUUUAGCAUACAAUAUUUGCUCUUCUGCAAACAGUUUCUCGACGAGACGGUGGUAGAAAUCAGAAACACACUGCAAGGAUUACAAAACGAAAAUGUGCGUCUGGAAAAGAUGAACAAAAAACGCACCGAAGAGACAGUUCUUCUACAGAGAAAGAUACAACGUAUUGAAAACAUCAACCAUCAGCAACAUUCGCAACAGGCCACAGUUUUUUCCUGUACGAAGUGUACGAAAAAUUUCAUUACCAUGGAUUUGUUGAAUGCCCACAUCGUUCGCAAGCAUGCCAACCCCCGUUCGGUAGAGAAUUCCUACGAAAGAAAACCAUCCAAUACCGACACAAGCCUUAUCAAUACGAUCAAGUUGGAGUUAGAGGUUAAACAGCUAAAGGAACGUUUAAACGUAGCGGAAAAGGAUCUUCUUGAUCAUCGAUCUAAGCACCAUCAGUGUGUCGGUUGUUCAGAGAACAAAACUAGUGGGCACGAUGAUUUAAAAGCCAAAGUUCUCCACAGUAUCGGCAUCCAAAGCAACUUGGUCGAUGAUAAAGAUUUAAAUGAAAAAGAGGCACAAACGCAAACUGAACCAAAAAUUAUUGAUACAGCUCCAAUCCCACUGGACCCACCGAUACAAACUGUACAUCAAGACGAAACGAUUUCCAAAUCAGAUCUACAGUCUUUCAUUGAAGAACAGAAGCGGCUCUUAGAAUGCUGGAAGGAUGCGGAAAGGCAAAAAUUCAACGAAGAAAUUGAAGUUGUUAAGCAAAAUCUAUUGGAUGCCAUUAGUGCGAUGCACACAACUGAAAAAACGCAACCCGUAUCGGUUAGUGAUGAAGUGAUAUGGAAAGAACGAUACCAAGAACUUGAGCAAAUGUUCGAAAACAGUCAGCAAAAGACGAGGGAUACAAUGACGACAUUUGAGAAGGAGUAUACACACAAAAUGGAUCAUCUAGAAUCUCUCCUUUCAAAAAUGAUGCUUCCGGAAAGCAACGAAAAGUUGAUGAACAACAAUCCUGCUCAGACCAUUGAGCCUGCUGCACAUAAAUCGGUGCAAUUGAGAACGGUAACCCUUCCGGAAAUUGUUAUCGAAGGAGAAACUUGUCACAGUAACACAAACUGCACUGAUAUUUUGGGCAAAAGCAAUAUUUUAAACAAAUUUAUUUCUUCCGAGUCUGAAAGAACUGAGAGUGAUGAAGAAUUAAAACACCUAGAAUCAUCCACAGCACCUAAAGAAAGUCCUCCAGUAGUACGUGAGCCAACUCAUCAGGCAUCUACCGCACCUUCGCCAAAGAAACAGAUUUUAAGCCAAUUCCGCGCUCGGCUGAAGAUGAUAGGAAUCGAUGCUAAGUCGAAACAACUUUCGGGCGACGGUUUAAACGAUGCGUGCGAAGCUCUAGCUAAUCGGCGAGACGCUAUCAAGAAGAAACAUAAAAAUUUCUUCAUUACUCGCAAUCAGCUCCUAUCCAAAGUAGAUCAAAUGGCACGAGUGAGAACCAAUGCUCCAUCAAGUCAUGUUACAAAGAAUACUCCCGAGGGGGAAGAUAAAACAAUAAUGGGCAAUGACGUUAAACUCUCAUCUAUUGCUAAGAUGCCUACGAAUGCUACUCGCUUGAAAUUCUCUCCAAAACUAGAAUUAUUACCAACGAAGCACAUAGUUCAGUUUCCCGGCACGCAUCUCACAUCUGAUAUGAACAUUUUUAAAACCAAUUCCAGCACGCCUGCACUAUCCAGGCCCGUUAUAAAACUCUCCGGAGACGACGUCAUCACGGUACACGCCGAGGCACAACCUGUCUUCGGCAAUAAGCCACCGUCACGUAGUCCUAUUGCCACCAAACGACGAUCUUCUAUUUCAAGCCAACAGGUGGAAAAACUGCUGGAUACGCCUAUAAAAAGUAUCAACACAAUAAAAUCAGCUUCCGAUCGACAUGCACUGAUUGAAAUUGAAAUGGAAGAUAAUAGUUCAGACAUCAGUGAAAUCUUGGACACGGUACCAGCUCAACCAAAACCCAUUCCUAAGAAGCGAGUGUUGUUCAACUUGGACAAGAAAGGCAACGCCAAUGGAACAGGGAAAGACAAUACUAAUGUAACAUCGAACAGUGAAUAUAAAACAAUUGUAAGGCGUUCAAAAUUCGAGGAGGAAUCUGAUUGGAAUAUCAGUAGCUUCGAUGAAGAUAAAUAAAAUGAUAUUGACAACCAAAGAUUUAAAUGUUUUUCUUAUUAUUUCACUAAUCACUACAUUGUUAUGCAAUGUUUGAUUAGGAUAUCACUUUAAAUAUAGUGAAUCAUCGUGAG